AUGGAGAAACAAGUGACUAAUCUGCUGCUGCUUCUGCUGUGCCCUGUCCUUGUGGCUCACGUACCGGACCAGGACCUCCACACAGUGCUCCGGGAUGUGAGAGCAGCUCUGGCUGAACACAAGGUGAAGAUUGAGCUGCUGCAAACUCUCAACCAAGAACUGACAGAGCGACUGGGAGAGCUGCAGACCGGUCAAGAGGAGCAACUCAGGAGACGCAGACAAAAACUGACAGAGCGACUGGGAGAGCUGCAGACCGGUCAAGAGGAGCAACUCAGGAGACGCAGACAAAUCUGUUUCUCUGCCUCUUUAUUCGCCUCUGGACACGGGUCUCUUGGACCAGAGCCCACUCACACUAAUCUGAUCUUCAGCUCUGUGGUGACAAACAUCGGGAAUGCCUACGACGCAGACACAGGGUUUUUCACGGCGCCGCUACGAGGGGUCUAUCACUUCAACUUCUUCAUUGCUGGAGGUGGAGACGCCGGACACGGUUCUGGGGCGGUGCUGGUGAAGAACGGGCAGUAUGUGGUUACGGCCUUCGAGCAUCAGACAGAGGGGUUUAGCAGCACGGCUAACGGAGCCACACUGCUGCUAGAGGCCGGAGACGUUGUAUAUGUGCUUCAGUGGGCAGACACGGUCAUCUACGACAAUGAGAUCCACCACUCCUCCUUCAGUGGUCACCUGCUUUUCCCCAUGUCUGACCUGAUCCAAGCUGGUGAUAAAUCAAACCUUCUUUAA